AUGUUGGCUCACGAUUUGAUCAAAAAAGAUGAUCGUAAUUUUACACCGACAUCUUCCUCCAGGUAUAAAUACGUCUCGCUUCAUAGAAAAAUGAUGUCUUUUCCAGGUCGGCAUGGUAUUUUUGUGUUUUAGUGUUAGCUAAAGUUUUACGCUGUAUUGGAAUUUUCCUAAUUGAUGUUUUGACUAAAAGUUUUCACGUAGUGGAUCUUCUGUGGCUAUGCAAGACUAUGUGAGUUGAACUUCAAACGUUUGAGGCAGUUAAAAAAGUUUUUCAGAGCUUCUUUAAUUCUGUUCCCGGUCCAAAAGCCUCUUUCCAACGGGAAAGGCUUGAGAAAAAAUUUGGUAAGUGGCAAUGCCCUCCUUAGAUUUUUGAGUUUUAAGGUUAUCCGAAUUGGAAAACUGGCUCUAAUGAACAUUGUCAUUGAAACGCUUUGGUUCUAUGGAAUCACGUUAUGCGGUCCUUUGAGAAGCGUCUUGGUUUUCGAGCUCAGUCCGUCCGUCUUGCUCGUGGCUGUUUCAUCCUUUUUCAAGGUUCUUUGUUGGUAUAUUUUUUGGAGGUCGAAAAAAAAUGCCUAAAGGCACUUCUUAAGGAAUUGGAUUUUGAUGGAAACUUUGAACUUGACUGAAAAUAUAACUUCCAGGGGAAUUCGACGCCGGCCAAAAGUCGCGGACUUUUCCUUCUUGUUGUGGGCUUUGUCGCUCUCAUGCUCAUGGACAGAGAUGAGACCAUUGAAGAUGCUCACCGUGAGCCUUUCUUUGGGAAGUACCUUUAUCUCUCGAGUUUUCAGACAAAGCUCACUCUCAUCACAGUGGUCUGAAUCAUUUGUUUUAUCAUCUGACGGGCAUGUUCGGCGUCAGCGAUCACCAGGGAGGCGUCGUUAUCCUUUUCUUGGCUUUGGUGUUCCGAAUUGGUUCGUGUUUAAGCGUUUUAAAUUUUAUGGAAUAACAAAAUAUUGGCGACAAAAUUUCUGAGAUAUUCUUGUCAGAUGAGUGGGCUCGCUGUGUGGUAGAACUAGGAAUCUCAAGAUUUUAAUUAAUUUUCCGUUGAUUUUUAAAAGUUCUACAACCUUAAAAUUUUUUCUUAUAAUCUUUUUCUGAUUUUCAAACGAUGUGAAAAAUAGCCAAGCAAGAUCAUGAAUUUGGUAAAAAAAAAAAUACCUGAAAAGAAAACAUAAAAAUUCGUUUAAAAAAAACGAUACCACCGUAUGCAUGUUUCUGAAGUUUCACAUGUGAAGCAGAUUUUGCAGUUACUUUUUUAAGUUUAUGAAUCCUCCUUCCGACAUCUUGCGGUGGAAAUCGGCGGUCCCAAAAGACUUCAUGCUCUUGUAACGGUAUGGAAAUUUUUUGAUGUUUCGGAGGAAUUUUCUUUUAGCCUGUCUGUGCUGCCGUUUUGACACCGAUAUUCGUACUUUCCUGGGCUUUCUCUCCCGCAGUGAGUUAUUUUUUCCUGAAGAAUCAAUUUUUGAUUUGAUAUCACUUUUGAGGGAAUUGCUCGGAAUCGAUUUUCAACGUUAAAUUUUCACAAAAUUAAGAAUUUUGAAAUUUUUUCGCUUUUUGAAAACCAGAGGUGGAGGAUUGGGAAGGCAGCCCUUGGCUUGGCGGCCAAGCCAAGCCAUUUAGCCAAGCGAUAGAAAUUAGUCAUUGACCUACUAUUGAAAAAGUCAUUUCUGCUUUUGGGCGUUCAUGGCUUGGCAGGCAGGGCGGCCAGUGGGCAGCCAUCCUCCACCUCUGGUGAAAACUAUCAAAACUAUUUGAAAAAUGUUUGAGAAUCAGCCUUCAUUUUUUGAGCUGCUGUUCACGUGUGAAUUUUCGUGAAUAUUUUUUCCUAAUAGUACUUAUAAAUCAAAGUAUAUUCAAUGCCAUAUUUGGCUUUUGUUCUAGUUUCUGGUUUUCAUUGAAUUAUUUUCAAAAACAAGGCAACGUUUUUAGUCUCUUUCGACAAUGUCGUUCUUCGAAUCGGCCACAAUUCUUGUCGUCGCAACCCUUUUCAUCUUCGUUCUGGACUUUUAUGCAGAAAGCGUCUGCUUCCAAGUAUUUUUCCCUGAAGUAGUAGUGGACGGGGUUCAUUUUCCAGCACGUGGCCGAUCCAGUGAUGGCUGCGGCCCGCUGGAGUCCCGUCACUAUGUUCACCUGCUCUCUCUUCCUCGCCUAUCUCUGGUAUGGAGCCCAGAACCUGACCGAGCACUCUCUGACUGGAGGCGUCGUCAUCACCGUCGUCGCUUUCGUCUUCGGUAGGAUUAUCAUCAACUACCUUCACAUGUAAGAUCAUUAUCUUUCUCAGCUUCGAUAUCUCUCACAUCUGCCGCCCCUCCGAAACACCGAGGUGGUCAUUUUGUCGGCAUUUCCAACACGGGACUACCUCUUUUCACCUACGGAGAAGCCUUCCUCCAGCGAACUAGCAAAUCUUUGGUUCUUUUUUUCAAGGUUCAUCUCAAUAUCUCUUUGCUUUCGUAUUUUGGCAUUUAGGAGACUCUACGAGAAAUCUUGGCCAAUUCGGAUUCUCGACGCAUUUUCUGGUUUCUUUGCGUCAACAUCGGCUUCUGUGGAGUGGAAUUCCUGUAUGGGUUCUGGACGAACAGUCUUGGUCUCAUUUCCGAUGGAUUCCACAUGCUUUUCGAUUGCAGCGCCUUGGUUAGUUUUUGCAGUUUCAUAUGUAUGGAAAAGGCUGCUAAAGACGUGUUAGGGAACAACGAGAAUGAAAAUUACAUUUUCCUUUCUCUUAUAGUUAGUGAAUUAUAUCAGAUCAAUUUUUUUUAAAGAGGACUUAAACACGAAGAAAAUCAUUUUUGAGUACAUAAUCCACGAGUUAUUACUCCGUACCCUAGCAGAUAAUUCUUUCUGUUUUCCAGUACUCAGACCUAGGACUCCCUAUCAUAGAAGUUUGGACCAGAUCUGCAAUGUUCACCUCACACAUUUCCCUUGUUAAGAUUCCAUUUCCAGGUAAUGGGCCUCGUUGCGUCUGUGAUGGCCCGGUGGCCUCCUUCGCGACAUUUCACCUACGGAUUCGGUAGGGUAGAGGUCCUUGUCUCUCGUCUUCUCUCGUGAUUUGCCUUUCUACAGAUUCUCUCGGGCUUCAUCAAUGCGCUCUUCCUGUGCGUCAUCGCUCUCUUCAUUCUCAUCGAGGCUCUAGAAAGACUUUUCGACCCUCCGAACAUAAACACAGACCGUCUUCUUGUAUGUCGCAUGGUCUUGGUUUCCACUGACCAGCUUUGUACAGUUCGUCGCGGUUUCCGGCCUUCUGGUCAAUCUAUUCGGAAUGUACUCCCUAGGGGAACAUGGCCAUAGUCAUGGCGGAUCUUCCCAUUCUCAUGGCGGAUCUCAUGGACAUUCGCACGGUGGCAACGCCAAUAUGCAAGGUUAGUGAGGACCUUUUUGCCUUUUCGUCAUGUCCCUAAAAUUCAAUUGUUCGUACCUUUUCUGAACUUUCGAAAAAAAGGAGCAUUUUUUUGCCCAACCCCAUUUCGGCUGGUUCAGGUGAUCAAAAGGGUCUCAAUUUUGAGUUUAAAGAUUCCUAAGAACUUUCGUCUUUUCUCUGAAUUUCUGUCAUUGUGCAAAAAAAAAAAGAUCUUGAAGUUUCUUAGUUUUAACUAUCCUUCUAAAAAGUCAGAGGUCUGUAAAGAACAGUUCAGAAAAAAGAAAACUUGGAAAAAAAAAAUUUUCAUUUUCAAAUAAAACAUUUUUUUUCUCUUCCUUAUCUCAAUCAACUUCAUCUUAGGCAAUGACCGGGUAUUUUUUUCGCCUUUUAGCUCUCUAUAAUUCUUUUAAACUUGUAUAUUCAAAAUAAAUUAUUGCAUAAAGCUCAAACACUCAUUUUUCAUAUAAAAUUUUUUUUUGUAAUCGAAAAUUUUUCAUCAUCUAUGGAGUAUACGGUCGAUGUUUCGCAAACCAGAAAAGGAAAAUAAAACGCUCAUCUUCUCAUUUCUGUACGCUCUUUAACCUUCGAAAAUCGCAGUCCCGAAAAUUUGAAAAUAAACUCCAUUUAUGAAAUGAGAAGCCUUGUUAUUUUACUGCCUACUAUUAACCUAACCUAGCGCCAAUCAAGAUUUUCAAAUUAUUUCAAAAGAUUCUUUGUAACUGCAAGUUUUCCGUUCACAGAGAUGUUGUACACUCUCUGCGGCGGCCAGGUUACCAUGGCCCACAGCGCGAGAGAUGAGGAAAGAAAAAUGGCGCAGUGCGAAGGUGUCUGAUUGCCAAGUUGGGGACCCGGGUUCGAGUCUCCGCUGCGCUCUCCAGCUCCAUGCAAGCAACUUUACUUGAUGUGGCGUUACAAAGAGCGGAAAUUAGUGGCCGUUAAAACACUUGAAGCGUACUUAUUACGUUUCGACCACCUGAACUGUCUCACAUUUUUGCUUUUUUAAGAUUUUUUAUUCUAUUUUCUAUACGCUUUAGUGGUUCCUCUCCUCAAUCUAUCCUAAAUGAAACUUAUCAAAUCAAAAUCAAAAUGUUUUAUUUCUCACACACAAGUACUAAAUUUCACGAGAUAGAUGUAGGAAAUAGAUUAUAAAAUAGUAUUGACAAAAAAAAUGGCGAACUGUCUACUUUUCAGGUGUUUUUCUACAUGUUCUCGCUGACACUUUGGGGUCUGUUUUCGUCAUCAUAUCAACUUUACUAAUUCAGUGGUAUGAAAAUGAAAGUUGUACUCUGAUGCCCUCAAGUUUUCCAGGUUCGGGUGGGUCUGGGUUGAUCCCCUUUGCUCUCUGAUUUUAUCUCUUCUUAUCAUUGGAUCAGUUUUGCCUCUUCUGAAAAGCAGUGUCAACACACUACUGCAGGUGAUUCUCAUUUCUAACAUUAAAUGAUUUUUGAAAAACUUGAGAAUCUAAAUUUACCAAAGUUUUUCAUUUCCAAUUUUUCGAGCAAAGCUUGCUUAUUUGAAAAAAUAUUGUUCACGUUUCUAUUUAUCUAAUUGUUUUUUAGGACGUUCCUGACGGUUUCGAAGAGGAUUUCGAGCAUCAUCUGCAAGAUUCCCUGGAAGUUGAUGGAGUCUUGUCCUACUCCAAGGCUCAUCUGUGGCAGCUCAAAUCGGACUUGAACGUCGCGAGUCUUCAUGUACAGGCGACUUCAGGCUCUAAUGCGCAGAUGAUUCGACACAAGGUGCGCUUUGAGAAAAAGAGAAAUUUCGAUUAUAGAAACCAGUUAACAUGAAAUUUUUCAGGUCGGAGGCCUGCUGAAAGCCGCUGGAGCCACGCAUUACACGGUCCAAGUCGAAAAAGAUGUCUUCAAGCAGAAGAUACAGCAAAUUUGCCCCGGUUAUCGACUUGGUCAUCCGGUUUGGUUUUCAUGAUAUUCGCACAAUCAAGAAUUCAAAACAAAAAAGCCCGUAUCACGAUGUCAAGAACUUUUAUUCUCGCUAAAGGAGUCGAAUCUGCAAUUUUAAAAGAAAUCUUUGAAAGGUUGGUUCAGAUUGAGAAAGGAACGAUGUUGCCGCGAAAACCACGCAACGGCCACGGACACAGCCAUGGCGGCUCCCACGGCCACUCUCAUGGAGGUUCACACGGCCAUUCUCACUAA